AUGGGGCGGUCCCUCUGGAUUCCAAUCUUUAAGAAGUGCAACUGGAGGGUGUGCUUCAACUACAGGGAGAUCACACUCCAUAGCCUCCCUGGGAAGAAUUUCCUGGCCUCGUCUAGUAAUCUGCUGGAUGAAUCUCUUAGAAACUCGUGGAAUCCACAGAAUCCUGAAAGCAACCAAAACCUGGCUGAGAAAUAUCUGAAGUCAGUUGAGAAUUUAAUUGCGAUAUCAAACAUAAGUAAUGGUUCUGAUCAAACCAACUUACGUGUACAGACAUGCAGCGAAGAUAAAUGCACCAAUACGGUGUUCAAUGCCUCAGUCACUGUUCAAAGCUCAGGAAAUGGCAUCGUAAAAACAGCUGGAUUCAAUAACCUGCAGGACUAUUUGCCCAAUAGAACAAACACAUCUAACAUCAACAGCAUUGUUGUGUCAACAACCACUCAACAGGGAAAAGAAAACCUUCAGAUUACAAUAAAGUUCCCAUUGCUCACACCAAGGCCUCCCGAUGUUGGUCUGCAAUGUGUCUCAUGGAACUACAACCAGAGCAAUUGGACAGCUGAAGGAUGUGUCUGGGGGGGUGCUUCUAAACCUGACGAGUGCACUUGCAAUCAUCUGACUUCAUUUGCCAUUCUGAUGUCCAGGUAUCCCAUUGAAAUCCCUUACAUGACCGAGAUAACGUACGCUGGACUUUCUGCGUCAGUGGUGUCACUCGUUAUCAGCCUCCUGAUAGAACUGACCGUCUGGAGCAAAGUAGUCAAGACAAAUACUCUAUAUUUGCGCCACACCGCUCAUGUGAACAUUUCUCUUUGUUUGCUGGUGGCAGAUUGCUGUUUUCUGUCGUCUUCUAACCCAAAGAUCAUUUCAGAAAUCUGGUGUAGAAUCGCGGCUCUUCUGAAGCAUUUCUGCUACCUGGCCAUGUUCUUUUGGAUGUUGAGCCUGAGCACCACGCUCCUUCAUCAGGCAGUUUUCCUGUUCCACAAAGUGAGCAAGAAAACCUAUCUGAGGUUCUCGUUGAUCCUGGGCUACGUUUGUCCUUUUCUCAUUGUUUUCAUCACAUUUCUCACCAACAACGCCGGCGCUCAAGGCGCGUAUUUUAACGAGAAGACCUGUUGGCUGGUUUAUUCUGGAAUUCUGAAAGGAACCAUCUAUACAUUCAUUCUCCCAGUUGGUAUAAUUGUGAUUAUCAAUUUGUUUGCCAUGAUAGUGGUAAUCAUGAAGCUUUUAGACCAUAGGAGCAGAGAAAAGUCUCAUGAGAAAGAAAUAAGGGCCGCCAAAACUGUCCUGAGAUCAGUUAUUCUUCUGACUCCAAUCUUUGGUUUGCCAUGGAUUUUUGGAUUUGCAACAUUUAGUCUGGACCUCACAGCUGGAGCUGUGACUUUAGCUGUGAACUACGCUUUUGUUGUGCUCAACGCAUUCCAGGGUUUGUUUAUUUUGUUGACCACGUGCCUGGGGGACAGAAUGACCCGUGAAGCACUGCUGAAUUCUUUCAGGAACAAAGCUCCACCAACCAUCAGCGAAAGCUCCACAAAGGUGGAAUCAACAACUAAAAAGUCCUAA